UUAAAGAAAAGCAUUGCAGUAAUUAUUAAUAUUGUCUAACAAAUAGUCUUUACUUCACAUGCUACGGGCUACCAGACCAUAAUAUUUAAACACUAUGGAAAACUGUGAAAUUUGUUUUCUUACCGAUGUUAAUUUGUAUGAUUUAUCUACGACAGAUUUAUAUUACUUCGAGAAAAUCGUAAUUAAGAAAGAGAAUGAUGUGAAUAUUCACACUGUUUGUGUUUACUGCAAGGUAAUGUUCCACAAAAUACAUCAAUUUGCUGAAAAAUGUAGACAUUCUCAAGAUAUUUUGAAUUCCCAACUUGUACAGGCCACCAAUAUUUUCCAAACAAGAAGCAGUCCUAAUCUGUCUAUAUCAAACACUCGCUACUAUUAUAUGGGUCCUGAUGAUGAGAGUGACAGACAAGAUUACGUGGAAGAUGAUGUUCCAUUGGCAUUCCUCAGUUCCAGUAAUGUAUCAGUGGGUGCUGAUGAGUCAGAUAGUCGUUAUGAUGAUGAAAUAACAAAUUCAAGAACUAAGCACAAGAAAAAAUCCAAAAGAGACAAAAUAAAUAAAAAUAAGAAAAAAACAUCAACUACAACUAAAGAGGGAUUUUCUUCAAGAAUGGUUCAAGAAACAGCUGAAUAUACAGUUAUAAAAUUAACUAAAGAACAGGUAUUGGCAGAAAUGAAGGAAAAUGAAACGUCUGAGAAAUAUAAGCUGGCGCCGUAUAAAUGCGAGCGGUGCGUGAAGGGGUUCAACUUCGAAGAUGUUCUACAGACCCACAUGGAGAAGCAUUCCAUGAAAAAUGGCCCGUUCCUGUGUGAGUUGUGCAGCCAGUACUGUCCCAGCGCUGUGUCUCUCCGUGGCCAUAUGAAAUCGCAUACAACACGGUACAAGUGUAAGGUGUGUCACAUCGUCCGUCUGUCCCGUCAGCACGUGCUGGAGCACUUCUCCCUCGACCACACCGACUCCGCCGUGUCCUACAAGUGUACGCAGUGCCCGUAUACUUCCAAAAAACGCACGGUGAUGCAGCGGCACGUGCGGCUGCACUCGAGCGGGGAGCCGCACGCGUGCCAUCACUGCGGCAAGCUGUACAAGAGCCGCGAGUCCCUGCGCGUGCACAUCAUGCGCCACGACAACAGCGGGACGCACGCGUGCGGCGCGUGCUCGCUGCGGUUCGUGUACGCGGCGCAGCUGCUGCGGCACACUCGCGCCGUGCACGAGCGACGGGACUACUACUGCGUCGAGUGCGACCUGACCUUCAAGUCCACGUAUACGCUCAAGCAACAUUUCCAAAGAGCUAAAAGACAUCGAGACUCAUCGUCGUACAAAUUCGAGUGCUCGACUUGCGGUCUGCGUUUCGUGUCGGCGGCGACGCUGGGCACGCACGCGCGUGCGGCGCACGGCGCGGCGGCAGCGGUGCGGUGCGGGCGGUGCGCGCGCGCGUACACCAGCGCCGAGGCGUUGAGGCUACACAACGCGCGCGCGCACAGAGAUACGCCCCCACAGCGAGCGGAGUGCGGCUUGUGCGGCAGGACAUUUUCGCGGGCGAGCGUGCUACGUGUUCACACGAUGCGCGUACAUGCGGGGGAGUGUGGCGGCGCUGGCGUCCCCCAACAUACACACAAUGAUAACAAACUUAAGGACUUGGAAGUCAAAAAUGGCAUACAAGAAAGCUAGUGUGAAUCUCGAGCAUUUGAUAUGGUAAUGUAAAUUAUUUUUAAAAUUGUAAAUAAAGACUGAAAUAUUUAUAAA